AUGGCGGGUUGGGUUAAGCAAACGGAGGCCACUGGUUGGUUGUGCGGUUGUCUGUACAGGGAGUUGUACGGCCGCACCUCCCAAUCCUGGGGUGUAACUGAGGAAUCACAGCUUUGGCUGAAACUUAAUGAAAACCUGAAAUCCCUAGAGGAAACUCAACAAGUUGAAAUAGGAUCUUCAACUUAUUCUUUUAAGACAAAUUCAGGAUAUCGGUUGUCGUCGGCACCGGCAAUUUCAGCAAUGGUUAGUUUCCUUUCUUCCCCACCUGAAAACAUUGAAAACGACGACAGACUUCAGCCGUUUUUGGCAUCCAGCAUCAUUUCAUUCAGCGGCGCCAUUGCGAAAAAGACCGAAUGCAUUGUAUUGAAGGAUAUUGUAGAAGCGAUAAUUUGGAUAAAAGAUAAAAAGAAGAAAAAAAUUCAAUUUAAUUUACUCCCUAAUAACGCAGACCCUCAAGAGACUAAUCUUACACUUGCAAUGGCAGUUGCGUUUGGAGCUGAUGUCAUCAAUUUCGGAAGAUUGGACGACCUAUCGACGCAGAGCAAAUUAUCUGAAUGGAUCUCUACUGUCUACACCUCUGAACCCUAA